AUGAACCCAGAAAACGGAAUAAUUUUAGUUGUAGGAGGAACAGGAAGAACUGGCUAUCAUGUUGUUUAAGAACUUUUGAGUAAGAAUUUUCAAAUCAGAUUGAUUAGCAGAAACCGUAAAUCAGCAGAAGAAUCUUUCAAAUAAGAUUUGAUUUAAAUGGAAUCUGUUUUUGAAUGUGAUCUUUUCUAGGAAGCAAAAAUGUAAAAGAGCAAGAUUGAAAGUGGAAAAGAAGUGAAGUCUAUUUUGGACUUAGCAUUUGAGCCAAGCAGAAAAGGAUUAAAAGUUUAGGCUGUAGUUAGCGCCCUUGGAUACAAUUACAAAAGCUCAGAUGAUUCCAGAAUAGUUGAGGAGACUGUAAUUUAGUUGUUAAUCCAAUUAUGCAAAAAGCACAAUGUUAAAAACUUUAUUCUCACAAGCUCUAUGUGCGUCACUCGUCCUUAUCAUUUUGUCUCCUAUUUAAUUAAUUCAUUCGCAUCAAAUGCUCUAGGCUACAAGGUUUAUGGUGAAAACGCUCUAAGAGAAAGUGGAUUAAACUACAUCAUAGUGAGACCAGGAGGAUUAGUUGGCACAUAAAAAGAUAAAAAAACGACAAACUAUACAAUUGAAUAAGGAGAUAGAAGUAAUGGAAGAAUAACAAGAGCCACAGUAGCUAAAAUUAUAGUUGAAGCUCUUUAGGCAUAAAAUUUACCCAAGUAGUUAACUUUUGAAUGCUAUAGUACUAAAUAGCAAUCUAGCGAAGAAUAUUAACCUUUCAAUGGUUCUCAACUCAAACCAGAUGAUGAAUCGAGCAUAGUUAGAGGAAACCACGUCUAAGCAAAAAGAAUGAUCAAUCUAGUAUUAGUUUCUUUAUUAGCCAUUUCUUUAGCCUUUUUGUACAAAAGAUUCUUUUGA